AUGGAAGUGGCAACAGUUGGGAUGUUGGUAUGCGUAGGGACUGCCCUUUUUGCGGGUACUCACUUAUGCGCGACAUGGAAGAUCUUCAUCGGAGAAUCCGAAGAAGAUCUUCUGUCACCUGCGGCGGAUGAACUGCCGCCGGAGUAUGCUUACGAAGAAGAGGAUGAUGAAAGUGUAGUAGUAGAGUGUGCAGUGUGUUUGGAGAGGUAUAGGGCGGGUGAGAAAUGCAGGCUGCUUCCUGGCUGUAAUCAUAGCUUUCAUUCACAAUGCAUUGAUCCAUGGCUUAUCAAGACACCAAUAUGCCCCAUUUGCAGAUCAUCUUGCAUGCCUUCAAAAAUUUGA